UUUAGUUGAGAAUAGUGAGCACUAUGCGAAUAUAUCCCAGAGUGCAAUGUGGCAAUUGGCAAACGGGUAAUGUUGUGGGACGAUAAACACAUUUUGCGGUUGUCAAGUUAUAGCUGCUAAUAGCUGACCGGUGCUGGAAGAACAUCGUAUGGUUCGAAGGAGGGGGAAGAUUUGGUAUUUGACUGAACGGUCUUGGCCCCGCGUUCGACAGCAUGGAGAAACAGUUGCUUUUGAAUGUGUUAGCUUCCAGACCUCCCGUGUCAGGAGGCUUGCAGUCGCGGUCUAAAAUGAGAAUGGGACCUGGACGGAAGAGAGACUUCUCCCCUCUCUCCUGGAGUGAAUACUUUGAAGCGAUGGAAGAUGUAGAAGUGGAAAAUGAUAACGGCAAAGAUACGUUCAGGAUCUACUGCAGUGGCCAGCAUGGUCCUGUGCUGCUCCUGCUCCAUGGAGGAGGCCACUCUGCUCUCUCCUGGGCUGUGUUCACUGCGGUGAUAUACAACAGAAUUAACUGCCGGGUGGUGGCUAUGGACCUCAGGGCCCAUGGUGACACCAAAGUAAAGAAUUCUGACGAUCUCUCAGCGGAAACAAUGGCCAAGGACAUUGGCAAAGUGGUAGAAACGCUCUAUGGAGAAAACCCACCUCCGAUCAUGAUGAUUGGACACAGCAUGGGUGGAGCUAUAGCAGUUCAUACCGCUGCGGCAAACCACGUGCCGUCUUUACUUGGCCUGUGUGUGAUUGAUGUCGUGGAAGGCACAGCAAUGGAUGCCUUAAACAGUAUGCAGAAUUUCCUCAGGAGUCGGCCAAAGACCUUUAAGUCUGUGGAGAAUGCCAUUGAGUGGAGUGUGAAGAGUGGACAGAUCCGAAACGUUGAGUCAGCCCGGGUGUCCAUGGGAGGCCAGGUGAAAAAAUGUGAGGAACCCCUCAACAGUCCAGGCGUCUCCAAGAGCAUCAGUGACGGCAUCAUUGAAGAGGAGGAGGAGGAAGAAGAGGAAGGAGAAUCCAACCACAAAAGAAAGAAGGAGGAUGACCAAGAGGUGAAGAAGGAGACCCUUUAUACCUGGCAGAUUGAUCUGUCAAAGACCGAGAAGUACUGGGAGGGCUGGUUCAGUGGCCUGUCUGCCCUAUUCCUUUCCUGUCCUGUGCCAAAACUGCUCCUGCUCGCUGGUGUGGACAGGCUUGACAAAGAUCUCACAAUUGGACAGAUGCAAGGGAAGUUCCAGAUGCAGGUGCUCCCUCAGUGUGGCCAUGCUGUCCAUGAGGAUGCCCCUGAAAAAGUAGCAGAUGCUCUGGCCUCGUUCAUGGUCCGUCACAAGUUCACUGAAUUUAAGGAGGGUUUCCUGUGCUAACGGGACUCAAAUAAACUACAUAGACAAGUGCCAGUUUUGCACUGGACCCAUCCAGCAGUCAUGGAGGAGUUGCCUGGAGCCUCAAGGACACCAUCUUCUGCCAAUUAUCCCCAACUGCGAUAAAAUGUUCAUGAGCACUAUAUAACACUAUACAAAAUUCUCAGCACUUAAAUUGGUAAAAAAAUAUAAUUUAAAUGUAUUAUUAUUAUUAUUAUUACUACUAAUACUUUGACACGUAUGGUUUUGCCUUUUUUUUUAAAGCAGGGAUUUUGUUUCACCCAUCCCACUCAACAUUUUUUAUUUUCUUUUCCUGUGAUGCCUUUCCUGUUUCUUGUUACAUUUUGGCCAGCUGCAUCUUGUUGUGCUAUGUGUUUAAUGUUGUUGGAUUUUAAGAAUGAUUAAUAAAAAUGGAAAUGGAAAAGGAA